AUGCACCAGCAGGGAAGAAACUUCUUAGCACGAUGCAGGCAGAGCGGGCACUUGGAAAUUCUGUUUCGGGAUGCUGUGUCUGACCUUUUUCUCGGCGGGUGUCAUUUUGCAGGGAUGGAAAUGAUGCACGCUGUCGCAGCCCACGGCCAUUCGGCUGCCCAGUACACAGUGUCAAUGAUGCUGAUGCUAGGUGAUGACGUCGAGGCCAAGAACAAGGGCUUGGAAACAUUUCGUGGGCUUGAGGCGGUCGGUUCCCUAACAAUAUGCAAAUUGGUGUUUCGAGAUGUUAUCCAAGGGUCGUGGACACAUCUGCGUCACGUGCCAGUGCAAAACGGAGAGAAUCUAGUUUGUGUUUCGCAUGCAUGUCCAAGCCGUGGAAACAUGGGUGCUAUUUACCAUCAUCAACGCUAUGGAAGAGGGUGGCACGUAAAUGAUGGUGAUGGAGGUGCUGCUCAUAUUCCGUGUGUGCAUUGUCGGGCAGACUAUGAGCUGAUCCUGUUUGUCCACCUCUUUGACUCAUAG